AUGCUGUCAUGUGGACUUCAUAAAUGCAGUUUACUGUGUCAUCUAGGCAAGUGUCCGACAUGCCAAGAAACGAGUUUCGACGAGUUGCACUGUUUGUGCGGCAGUGCUGUGCUCUAUCCUCCGAUUCCCUGUGGCACGGCGCCACCGUCAUGCGACAAACCGUGCACAAGACAGCACAGCUGCUCUCAUCCGGUGACGCACACUUGUCACAGCGAACCGUCGUGCCCGCCAUGCACGUAUUUGAUGGACAAACCUUGCUUCGGAAACCACGAGGUUCGACCCAAUAUACCAUGCUUUAUUAAUGGGAUAUCUUGUGGGAAACCUUGCGGUAAAGAUCUUCCAUGCAAGGUGCACCGCUGUCGCAAAGAUUGUCACCCAAUGCCAUGUCUUUUGGACGGUGAGGUAUGCAAGCUGCGCUGUGAGAAACCUCGACAGGAUUGUGGUCAUUUUUGUAACCUCCCAUGUCACGGCGAAAGCCCAUGUCCAGAGAGCCGGUGCGAAAUGAACGUACUCGCUGCCGCUUUCGGCAUAAACUGCAACGAAAAGAAAGUUGCCCCUAACUACUCGGAAUACUUGCGAAAGGAGUACGAAAGCGACCCGAGUUUUGCGAUGGCAGUCGAAGCAAAACUUUGCCAGUUGGUAGAGUCGUUGAAACUGACAUCAGAGAAACAGUUGUGUUUUUCCUUCCAGUCGAUGAAUGCCGAACACAGAAAGUUUAUUCACCAGUACGCUGAGUACUUCCGUCUUUCUUCCUCGUCAUACGAUCAAGAACCAUUGAGAAACGUCGUGGUCGUAGCUGAAAGGGAUAAGUCUACGACGCCUGCCGUACUGCUCAGUGAGGCGAUGCGCCUUUAA